AUGGUAUACUGGCACUAUACGAUCUCAGCAGCAAGAGAAGCUCGAAGUUCUGUAUAUUUGCUCUGUUCUCUGCUAUGUAGUUAUGAUGAUGGGGAAGUUGAGUGGAUUGAUAGUACAAAGGAGCAGUAUGAAAUCGUGGAGUCUGAAGCGAAGGGUUCGGAUGUUGCAAACAAGAAAAUGGAACAAGAACCGGAGCCCGAACCGGAAACAGAACCCGAAUUAAAAAUGGAGAUAGAAACGGAAAACAAAGCAGAAUCAAAGCAGGAGAUCCCCACACAGCAUUCUCCAGAGCAGCCUCAUUCAGCGCCAGAGCAACCUAUUAUAAAGAACAGUCCAAAGCCUGUGAAAUCAAGCCGGAAAAGCCAGACCAGCAAGUCGACUGACUCGGACGAUGCCUACCAACCCAAUUCAAACGACGACAAGGAUGACGACGACGACGACGAAGAUGAUGACAUUCCCAUUGCGAAACUCCGUCGAUUCAUCGUGAGUGAUUCCGAUUCCGAUUCGGACUCGGAUGCACCGAUUCUUUCAAAGAAAACGCCUUCGAAACCAGCCAUCACCCCUUCUGUUCCUCGUACACCCACAAAACGACCCGCUCCUUCAAUUUCUGCUUAUUCCUCUUCGCCGGUUUCCACGCCAUCCAAACUUCCAAGACCUUCUUCAACUCCAAAAUCCACACCAAAGCGUCAACGCACUUCGGAAGCGGGGUUAGAUGACGAGAAACUAUCGGAGAAGAAGGGAGCUGUGAUUCUAAACGCAGGCGAACAUGCGCACGACAACACUGAAUGGAUGAUUCACCCACGCGACAAGUAUAAGCAUUCUCCUUCCGAUCCGAAAUACGACCCCACGUCGCUUUUUGUUCCUUCCGACUAUCUGAGGGGUUGUACAAACGGGAUGAAGCAAUGGUGGGCCGUGAAGCAGCAAGCGUUCGAUUGUGUCCUUCUUAUGAAGGUGGGAAAGUUCUAUGAAACCUAUCACAUGGACGCCGAUAUCGUAGUGAAAGUCUGCGAUCUGGUGUAUAUGAAAGGAGAAACUGCGCAUGCUGGUUUCCCUGAAGCGGCCUACAGCAAAUUCAGUAAUCAACUCGUCAAUGCGAAUUAUCGUGUGGCGCGCGUGGAGCAAACGGAAACUCCGCAGCAGAUGAAGGAGAGAAACGCAGUCUCCGAGAAAAAAGCACUAGUCCGAAGAGAAGUGUGCAGCAUCAUCACGCCCGGCGUAGCAGGCCAUGGAACGGUCGACAAGAUCUACAACCAGAAGGAUCAUCGCAUCCUUUGCUCCAUUGUGGAAGAGCGAAAAGAUGAAAGUCCAGAAGAAGAAGAUUUGGGAAAGGACGAAGAAAAGGGAAAGAAAAUGGUUCAAGGAGGAAAGAAUGCGGCUGUCGUGAUUGGGUUGUGCAUUGUCGAUACAGUGUUUGGCGAUUUCUAUCUCGGCCAGUUUAUCGACGACGACCAGCGAACCGCCCUUCGGACGCAGCUUUUGCGCUUCCUUCCCACCGAGUUCAUUCUUCACAAGAACGCGCUUCAUUCCCGAACGAUCCAGCUCCUCCGCCGAGAAUGCCCGUCUGCAAUGCUGUCGUUCGUGGAUCCUCAGUCGUCAUUCGAGCCGCAGCAUCUGCUCCGACUCGUGAAACAAAACAAUCUGUUUGACACAGACGACGAUUCGAUGCCAAAGGGAGAAUGGCCCGAUCUGUUAGAGAUGAUCGUAAAGGACCGCGAGCAUCCAGAGCCAGCCUUCUCUCAAGUUUUAUCAGCGUUGUAUUUGAGCUCUGCUUAUUUGCAUCGAUGCUGUGUUGCCAGAUUGCUCAUGAGCCAACAUAAAUUCUAUCUGAUUGACAAUAUCGAUCGAGAGCGAGACCAGCUUGUUCCCUUCAUUUCGAAUCAAUUGGAAGAAGUGCCAACCCAAUCGAACAUGAUUCUCGAUGCGAUAACGCUGAGGAAUCUUGACAUUCUUCCAGACCCAUCGAAUCCAUCCACGAAUUCGCUGUUCCAGUAUAUCGAUCAUACAGUGACUCCCUUCGGAAAACGUCUUUUGAAAGAAUGGUUGUGCAAGCCACUUUAUCAAAUUGACGCCAUAAACAAACGAUUGGAUGCUGUGGAGGAAUUGAUUUCGAAGACCCAUAUCAGUCAACUCAUCACGACGUCGUUUAAAGGAAUAGUCGAUGUAGAUAGACUGCUCAGCCGUCUUCAUGAUUAUUGCCAGAGCGUAAUUCUCAAAGCGCAUCCGGAUAAUCGUGCGCAGUACUACGAGGACAAAAAAUACAACACGCGGAAGAUCAAAGAUUUUGUGCAAUUGAUCGAGGUAAUGAAGCAGAUCCUCAAAACCUUCAAAUCGGUGUCUGAGUCCUUCUCCUCCGAGAUUUUGCGGAGUUUGUUUACGAUUUCUUCUUUGGAUUCAUCCUCUUCUGCGACGAACAAACUUGAAUUCCCAGAUAUGACCAGUGUGCUCGACUUUUUUGAUCAUUCCUUCAAUCACGAGGUCGCUAUCGAGCAGGGAAUUAUCAUGCCGAAGCCUGGAAUGGAUCCAGAGCUGGACAAGAUUUCUAUGGAUCUUCAAAGCACGCAGCGAAACUUGGAGAACUAUCUCGAGGAGAUUCGAAACCGGUUUCAUUGCCAAAAGAUCGAGUAUUUCGGAAGUAACAAGGACCGCUUCCAACUUCAGUUCCCAGAAUCGGUCUGUCAAAGUCUCGGAGCCAUGCCGAAGGAGUUUCUGCUGAAAUCGCGGAAGAAGGGUUUCAAACGUUUCUGGACUCCCUACAUCCAGGAGCAGUUCGCUCGACUGCAAGUUCUCGAAGAUAAAAAGCAAACUGCUCUCAAGAAUUGCACGGCCACGGUGUUUACCAAAUUCUAUCAACACUACGAUCAUUGGAAACAGAUGGUGAAUUGCGUGGCCACGCUGGACGUUCUUCAAUCCCUAGCCGUUGCGUCGUCUGUGGGGGACAAUCGAGGAGACUGCGCGCGUCCUCUUUUCGUUGAACGCGGCCGAGGGGCGAGCGCUGUUCUCGAGCUUCAGAACUCGCGUCAUCCCUGCGUAAUCAACACGUUUAGCCACGGCGACUUCAUUGCGAACGACAUCUCGCUCGGAGGAAGCGCAGCGAGCUGCAAGAUCAUUACAGGUCCGAAUAUGGGCGGAAAGAGCACUCUGCUGCGCCAAGUUGCGGUGAGCAUUAUUCUUGCUCAGAUUGGCUGCUUUGUUCCUGCUUCCUACAUGCGUUUGAGUCCAGUGGAUCGGAUUUUCACUCGCAUUGGUGCGCAAGACCGGAUUUUAUCGAACCAGUCCACGUUCUAUGUAGAACUCAUCGAGACUUCGCUGAUUUUAUCAAACUGCACAGAAGACAGUUUUCUAAUCAUCGAUGAGCUGGGACGUGGAACCAGCACUUAUGAUGGAUCUGCGAUUGUUUAUGCAGUCCUGAAGUACUUGUCGCACAUUAAGAAGUGCCGUCUCCUCUUUUCUACGCAUUAUAACUUUAUUAUCACCUCCUUUGUAAACGAUCCUUCGAUUAGUACUGGAUAUAUGUCCUAUCUUUUGGAACAAGUGAACGGUCAGGAUCGAGUGACCUUUUUAUACAAACUGGUUGAGGGAGUCUGUCCGGAGAGUUUUGGAUUGAAUGUAGCCAGACUCUCAAUGAUUCCAGAAUCUGUGUUAAGUCGGGCAAAGGAAGUUGCGGACAUGUUUAACAUUAACUUGAAUUUGGAUUCGGUCACUGUGAAGUACUUUAUGAUGAAGCAUUUGCAAACGAAGCUGAAGGAUGAGAAUAUAAGAGAGGAGGAUCUUCAUGAUUUUCUAACUUUUGUGAGUUAA